AUGAGGUGCCUUCUCGCUGUUUGCGCCGCUCUGGUGUCGCUCCUGGCGGCAGCCGCGGCCGAGGACUGUCCCGACGGGUUUGAGGAUCUCGGUCUGGGCGACAACCACUGCUACAUGUAUGCCAACGAGAGCAAUUCAUGGACACUGGCCUACACAGCCUGUCUGACCAGCGCCAACGGCACUGGCAACCUGCUGUCCCUCAGUGACGCCAACAGCUUCUACCCGCAGUACUAUAAAGUCACAGAGGCCGAACAGGACUACUGGACCGGCCUUCUGAACGUGGGCGGUGAGAAGAGCUGGGCCGACGGCACUCCCUAUGUCGGCUCCGAAAUCGACCAGUUCAUUGCUGAAGACGCCGGGAACGACUUGUACGGCUACAUGUCCGGCAAGGACGGCCUGUUCCGCUUCGACAACGCGAGCACGAGGCGUCCGUACAUCUGUUACGUGGACCUGACGGAGGCGCCGACGACCACGGCGCCGCCGCCGACGCAGCCGCCCUGCGAGGCCGGCUGGCUGCAGUACGGAGAGGUCUGCUACCUGUUCAGCGACGACCAGCAGUACUGGGGCUCGGCCGGACACGCGUGCCACCUGCAGGGCGCCGAGCUGAUCUCCAUCAACAACUCUCAGCUGCUGACCUUCCUGCUGCUCAGCGCCGACGACUCGAUCGUCUACUGGACCGGCCUGGAGAACCAGAAUGAGACGUACGUCUGGGAGGACGGCACGUCGGCCGAUAACGUGCCGGACGUGCUCGGUCCCUACCUGGACGACUGGGAGGAGGGGAGCGACUGCGUGGCGCUCAACGCGGGAGCGUACCCCGACCCGCCCCUGCAGCACCUCAACUGUCUUACCGAGCAGAACUACAUCUGCUACAAGCAGGCUAACUCUGACGAGCUCUUCGACAGUGGGGCCGGCAGCUACUGGCUGUAA